AGGCUGAGGGACCUGCCCGCGCUGCUGCGGAGCGGGCUCACCCUGCGGAGGAAGCGGAGCGUCGCCGGGGGCCGGACUCUGUCAAGAAGAAUUUCCAAUCCAUACCUUGAACAUACUCCUUCUCAGAUUUAUGGAGAGAAUUCUUCUUGUGCAGGAAGAGCAUUGAGAAAUAUUAUUAUCGUUCAGGCAGCUGACCUGAUAAAGGACAGAGUGAACCUCAAGGGAUUUUACAGGAGAAGCUGCGUUGGGUCAGAACUGGUAGACUGGCUUCUAGAACACUGUCCUUUUGUCCAAUGCAGAUCCAUGGCCAUAGGGGUCUGGCAGCUCCUACUGGAUAUGGGAAUUAUGUCAUCAGUGGACCAGCAUUUAUACUUUCAAGAUACCUAUGUUUUCUACCAGUUUUCAUCUGAUGAAUGUAGCUACUUGUACUGUGAAUUUGAAAGAGAAGAAGAAUGGCAAAAUGGUGUCAAACUCUUACUGCAACUUGUGCCUCUCAUUCCUGCUAGAGCUGGCAUCUGUGAACUGUCUCAUCAAAAAAUGGAAGACUCUGAAGAAAGCAGUGAUGAAAUUCUUGCUCGCCUGACAUCUGCGGUACAGAGAGAGCUAGCAGCUGUUAUUGCUUUGAAAGCAAGGAAGUCUGCAAUUGACCAAGAUGAAGAAAACAGUGACAAACACGUAACUGUGACAGAAGCUGAAAGUGUUCCAGAUUCUCAGGCAGGGGUGAUGUGCAAGCUUCAGGAGAGAGAUGAUAUCGGACGAAUUGAACUGGUCCAGAAGCUGGCAAGAGAAAACUGUCAAUUUUUGCAGACGGACAAAAAAGAACAGGAGAAAUCUGAACACCAGGAUGAUGAAGUGACGACUGUUCGGGUUAAAGAGCAAGAGCGGAACGUCCUGGUGCUGAAGAAAGUGCAGUGCGGUGGCCCAGCCCCCCCAGCCGGGAGCGCGGAGAGUGAUUGGAGAUACGUGGUCGUGUCCGGGACUCCGGAGAAGAUUUUGGAGCACCUUUUGAAUGACUUGCACCUGGAAGAAGUCCAGGACAAAGAAACAGAGACCCUCCUUGAUGACUUCCUUCUCACGUACACCGUCUUCAUGACGACUGAUGACUUGUGCCAGGCGCUCUUAAGGCACUAUUCUGCUAAGAAGUAUCAAGGCAAAGAAGAAAACUCAGACGUUCCUUGUCGAAAACGUAAGGUCUUGCAUCUUGUUUCCCAGUGGAUUGCUCUGUACAAAGACUGGUUGCAUGAAGAUGAACAUUCAAAAAUGUUUUUAAAGACCAUAUACAGGAAUGUACUGGAUGAUGUAUAUGAAUAUCCAAUACUUGAAAAGGAAUUGAAAGAAUUUCAAAAGAUACUUGGAAUGCACCGUCGCCACACCGUAGAUGAAUACUCACCACAAAGGAAGAAUAAAGCCCUUUUCCACCAAUUCAGUCUUAAGGAGAACUGGCUCCAGCACAGAGGAACUGUGACUGAAACAGAGGAAAUUUUUUGUCAUGUGUAUAUAACAGAGCACUCCUAUGUCAGUGUGAAGGCAAAAGUUUCCAGCACAGCCCAAGAGAUCCUGAAAGUUGUGGCAGAAAAGAUCCAGCAUGCAGAAGAGGAUCUGGCUCUGGUGGCUGUCACAUUUUCUGGGGAAAAGCAUGAACUUCAGCCAAAUGACUUGGCCAUCUCCAAAUCCCUUGAAGCAUCUGGUCGGAUAUAUGUCUACCGGAAAGACCUGGCUGACACUUUGAACCCUCUUGCAGAAAAUGAGGAAUCACAGCAAAGGUCGAUGAGGAUUUUGGGAAUGAACACUUGGGAUCUUGCUCUGGAAUUAAUGAAUUUUGAUUGGAGUCUUUUCAAUUCAAUUCACGAGCAAGAGCUGAUCUAUUUCACGUUCAGCAGACAAGGAAGUGGGGAGCACACCGUGAACCUCAGCCUUCUACUCCAGAGAUGCAAUGAAGUCCAGCUCUGGGUGGCCACAGAGAUUCUGCUCUGCAGCCAGCUAGGCAAGCGAGUGCAGCUGGUGAAAAAAUUCAUCAAAAUCGCCGCUCACUGCAAAGCCCAGAGAAACCUGAAUUCUUUCUUUGCUAUUGUGAUGGGUCUCAACACUGCUUCUGUCAGCCGGCUGUCACAGACCUGGGAGAAAAUCCCUGGGAAGUUUAAGAAACUUUUCUCUGAACUUGAAAGUUUAACAGAUCCUUCCCUGAAUCACAAAGCCUACAGAGAUGCGUUCAAAAAGAUGAAGCCACCCAAAAUCCCUUUCAUGCCCUUAUUGCUUAAAGAUGUAACAUUUAUUCAUGAAGGAAAUAAAACAUUUUUGGAUAAUCUUGUCAAUUUUGAAAAGCUGCAUAUGAUUGCAGACACGGUCCGAACCCUGAGACACUGCAGGACAAACCAGUUUGGAAGUGAUAUGUCUCCAAAAGAGCACCAAGAGUUGAAAUCCUACGUUAAUCACCUGUAUGUCAUUGACAGCCAGCAGGCCCUGUUUGAGCUCUCACACAGGAUUGAGCCUCGGGUGUGAGCCCCGCCACCCUGCCCGCCGCCUCACCACCCCCAUAACUGCAGCACUUUGAGCUAUGGGAAUGUCAGUGCCAAGCACGUUGCUUUCCUGUGAGAAAAGAAGUUGCUGAGUUUUAUCAGCAUAUCACACGACACACACAGGAAAGCCAGCCAAAGCGUGCUCAGGAAGUGAUGUCAGCCACCAGAGAUGGGGAGAGGCCUCCCCACGCUGCUCUCGGAACACGAAGGCAGAAGAAGGGUCAGAAGCAUUCUUGAAAUGGAGAAGCCUGGUUUCUUAGGGUCACGUUGUUGACCCAGUCCAGCUUUCAAUUUGAGAUGUGCCAGCGACAAGACAAGAGAACGUGUCAUGUCAUACGGUGGCCAAAUAUUUCAGCAAGAGUGUGUGGGAAACAGGGAGAAGUUCUACUUGGCUGGGUAGUAGAUUAAUAUUUAUAGGCUGUCAAAGGAGGAGCUCAUUUGAAUAUCUAAAGACAGUGAUGGCAUCUGUAGAUUUCCAGGGAGAAGGAACAGUCUCUGUGGAUACAAACUGUGACAUCACCAAAGCUACUUGUAUCUAGGAAGCUAGGGAGGACCAGCAGCUGGCAUCCAUGCUCUGAUUUCCAGAAGGAAUGUCAAGGCAUGCAUUUCUUUGCAUCCACAAUCACUUAUCGAUGUAUGCUUGCAGGUGAAUUUGUUUCUGCACAACUGAUUUGCAACUAUAGGCAAGUUAGACUAAGUUGCUUUGCCAACAAGGAAAAAUAGUAAUCUUUAAGAAACUGACUCAUUGUUUAAUUUCUGGAGAUUUUCUUUACAUGUGCAAGCAGGCUCUCAUCUCUUAUUGGGAACAAUAUGAUUUUUGAAAAAGUACAGUGCCUGACUCAUUGUAGGUACUCAGUGACUGUUUAUUGAGGUGAUAGAGUCACAAAAGUCUGCAUUCUUGUGCCUGAUGAUGCCCUAGUGUUUUGCAUGCCUCCGCCAGGCUCCUUGCCCACAGUGUGGAAUGGUAACAGCCAGCACAGGGAGGUUAAGUAGGAUUUCAUGUGUGGAGCACUUAGCACUCCCUAGAGAAGAGCAAGGUAUUACGGUGGUGGUGAUUGCCCAUCUUUCAGCAAAUGAAAAGCACCCUGAAAUAUCCAAAUGUCUGGUUUACGUUGGACACCUAGAAGUCCUGUAGUCCACCUCCCAACCAAGGCAGGGAGCCUUUCUAUAAUUUGUCUUUUUUUCCCCAAAAUCUCAGAGUCUUUUAAGUCUUUUUUUAUUCCCAUUUUUACAGAUGGGGGCUCCUACAGUAAAUAAGACCUCUUGCUAUUCUCAAGAACUGGUUAGAGGAUUUCCCCCCACCUUCAAAUGAA